UAAUUCUCUCUCCCAGAUUUUUCAAUUUCAAACCUAAAAAAGAAAAAAAAAAAGAAGUGGAAAAAGGUUUGAUUUGAGGUUUUGAAGACGAAAUCCUCCUCUCCUCCUCCUCCUUGACAUGCUCAUUCUCUUCCGAUUCGUACUUCGUUUCCUCUACCGAUCAUUUUCCAGAGUCAUGGGUUGCUUCUUCGGUUGCUUCAGGUUCAGAGACGAUCGCCGCCUCCCAACUGCCCAGCUCGUCGCUGAUCAUUCCCGUUCCAAAUCUGGUGAAGCUGUGGUAUCUCGAAAUCAUCUCUCUUCUUUAUUUUUAUCCGAAGACAAAGAAGAUGCUCCACGCGAUGCGAGGAUACAAGUUGGCUUGGGAUCUCAGAUGGAUGACAAGGCGCUUAUGGAUGAGGCCAAGUUUCUUAAAGCUUGCGGUACUUUGGCUGGGACCCCUGCUGAAAUCCGGAAAGCAUCUCGGAAACUGAAACCGUCACCUUCUUGUAGCAAGGAUUAUGAAUCUUCACGGUUUCAUUCUUGGCUUCCUAAUGCAUCUGUUGAGAAGCUCCAGUUGGAUGUUCAGACUCUUGAUCCCCCAACUCCCAUAAAACCUGCUGAACAAUGGGGAGAUGGCAGGGAUUCUUUAGACCGCACACCAAGCAGUUGUAUCUCCAAUGCACAAUACACUCAAAGUGACUCUGCUGACUCAACUGAAGGAAGUAAAGCAAGGAGCCUUUAUACCGUUGGCAAGACUUGUGAUAAUCGAUCUGAAAAAAAUGCAGCUUCAGUUUCUCCAUGGCCAACGGUUGCAGACAUUCAGAGAAAGAACAAGUCUGUACGUUUUGAAUGUGAUACUGAUUUCUCUUCCUGUGGGAGUUCUUCUGAAUAUGGUGGGGGUCCUAUGAAGAAAAACAGAUCACCAAACAAUCAGAGUGCACACAAAUCAUCACCUUACGCAACCCCUAGGAAACUAUCUGAUGAAAUGCAAACACCUGGAACUGUGUACCCUGCAACAUUAGAUGAUUUUCCUAAUGGUAAGCCUCGAGUUAGGUCCCAGUUUGUGUGCAUUCCAAGAACACGAGAGAAUCUCUCUCAGUGCAAGGUGCUUGAGGAAGAAGAUUUAAACACUGAGCAAGAUUCAAGUGAUCUGAGAUCUUCUCAUGAGCAGCCUCAAAAUUCAACUCCUACAAUAGAACAGUCAAAGCAACACUCAUAUGAAAAUGAAUCUAAAGUGGAAGAAAGCUUAUCUACUUGGUUGAAGCCUGCAUCAGUCAUUGAGGCAGAGAGAAGGAAGAGAAUGGAGGCUGCUUACAGUCAGAUUCCUCUUUCUCGUAAAACUCCUGCAGAUAGGCCUAUCAUUGGGAUGGUUGCAGCUCACUGGAACGAAGAAGAAUCCGAAAUUCCUCCCCCAAAGUGGUGGGAUGGCAAUGGCAUACCAAAUUCAACGAAUAAGUAUAAGGAAGAUCAGAAAGUAAGUUGGCAUGCAACACCAUUUGAAGAGCGGUUGGAGAAGGCCACUUUAGUCGUUGUCUCAUUGUCAUUGAUCAAGUACAAUGAUAUCAUAUUAUUCAUGAAGAAUGUAUGUGGAAAGCCCAUUGCUUUUGAUGACAAUGAAGAAAGUGAUACAGCUCUAUCUCAGAUGCAAACCUCAAGUCAUCCGCAAUCUGUAGUGACAUUUUGA